AUGUCAUCUUCUGUGGUAAAAUUUGACAGUAAUAACACAAACCAUGAAGAAGGGAAUCCUGAGCAGUUUGACAUGCUCCACACAGGUGAUCCAACGGCUACUAACCUCUCGCUCCCAGCGGUCACUUUUCUCAAAGCUGCAAUCUCUCUCAAGGACCAGGUUGUGGAAGUGACAUGGACGGGUCGGGGCAAUAAUGGUAAAUUAGACCCGACGGUGUAUACGGGUCUUCUGGGUACAGCUUUCACCUGCUUGAGAUCUUAUGAGGCCACCGGUAACCACCGAGACCUGCAAUUGUGCGUCGAGAUCGUUGAUGCCUGCGCCGCCAUUGCUCAUUCCUCCACCAGGCAUGUGACUUUUCUGUGUGGUCGAGGAGGAGUUUAUGCUCUUGGCGCCGUGGCUGCAAAUUACUGCGGGGACCAAAUGAAGCGAGACUUCUAUGUGACUCGUUUUCUGGAGAUGGCGGAGGAAGAAAAAGCCCUCCCGGUUGGACCUGAAGAAGGAGGGUUUGGAAUGUCUUACGAUCUCCUUUACGGACGAGCCGGAUUUUUGUGGGCUGCUUUGUUUAUAAACAAGUACUUAGGAUCCGAAGUGGUACCCAGUAAUCUUCUCAUGCCAGUUGUUGAAGCCGUGCUAGCAGGAGGCAGGGUUGGUGCAUCGGAUAAUACGGCAUGCCCGCUCAUGUAUAGAUGGCAUGGAACUAGGUAUUGGGGCGCAGCUCAUGGACUGGCCGGUAUUUUGCAUGUAUUGCUACAUUUUUCUCUGUCAAACAAUGAUAUUGACGACCUCAAGGCAACUUUGAGGUACAUGAUGAGUAACAGGUUUCCUCACAGCGGGAAUUAUCCCCUUAGUGAAGGAAACCCAAGAGAUAAGCUCGUGCAGUGGUCCCAUGGAGCGACUGGUGUAGCCCUUACCCUGUGCAAAGCAUCAGAGGUGUUACCAAAUAAUAGAGAAUUUCGUGAUGCUGCCAUCGAAGCUGGGGAAGUUGUUUGGAAGAAUGGGUUACUCAAGAAAGUGGGACUGGCCGAUGGCUCUGCUGGGAAUACUUAUGCCUUCCUAUCUCUCUCGCGCCUUACCGGAGAUGGUGUAUAUGAAGACCGAGCAAAGGCAUUUGCGAGCUACUUAUAUCACAAUGUAAGAAAAACAAUUGCUGAUACACGUUAUGAUGGUGAUGAUAACGCCUGCUCUCUGUUCCAUGGACUAGCCGGAUCUGCUUGCCUCUGGUUUGAUAUGCUUAUGCCAGAGAAAUCUAGAUUCCCUGGAUACGAACUCUAG